AUGCAAGGUAAAACAGUUCUUAUUACUGGUGGUAAUGCUGGUAUUGGAUAUGAAACAGCUAAAGAACUUCUUCGACAAGGUGCUCGUGUUAUUAUUGCUUGUCGUAAUAUGGAUAAAGGUCAUCAAGCAUUAAUAAAACUUUGUUUUGAAACUAAAUGCAACAAGAAAAAUAUUCGAUUAAUGGAAUGUGACUUAUCUUCUUUCGAUUCUGUUCGUAAAUUUGCUAAAUUAUAUAAUACUGAAGAAGAUCGACUUGAUGUACUAAUUUGUAAUGCUGGUCUUAUUUAUACACCGAAUAUUUACAGUAAAGAUGGAUUAAAUUAUAUCAUGCAAGCUAAUUAUCUUGGUCAUUUUCUAUUAACAAAUCUUCUAUUAGAUAAAUUAAAACAAUGUAAACCAAGUCGAAUUAUUAAUGUUUCAUCAAUUGCACAUAAAUAUCCUCCAACGACUAAAGGAUUGACGGCAUUAACAAAUUUUAAAACAGAUACUAUUUGGGGUUCUUAUUGUCCAUCUAAAGCAUGUCAAAUAUUAUCUUCCUACAAAUUAAAACAUGACCUACUUAGUCAAGAUGUUCAUGUAUUUGCAUUAAAUCCGGGAUGGGUAUGGACUUCUUUUCAAGAUCCAUUACGUCCAGCACUUGGUACAUGGCUUUUUCUUAUUGUUUAUCCAUUACUACGUAUUCUUAAAUUUAUUUUUGCUAAAACACCGUAUAUAGGUGCUCGUACAACUGUCUAUUGUGCUGUUGAACCAUCAUUAGAACAAUCAAGUGAUUUAUGGAGAUCAAUACGUUAUAAUAAUCAAUCUGUAUUCUGUUUGAAUGAUGAACAUCCAGAUAAAAUAUCAGCAUUCGGUUGUGAACGAACAUCGACUAGUUUUAAAACAAGAUGUGAUACAAGUAAUAACACUUGUCAAAAUGAAGGUAUAUGUACUGCCGUAACCGAGAGAGAACCAAUUCAAUGUGAUUGUACAGAAACACCUUACAGUGGUACUUAUUGUACUGAUAAUUGUGGUUCAUUACCUUCACAUUGUCAUAAUGGUGGUAAUUGUACGAAAUUAGGCUUCUGUGAAUGUACAUCUUUAUGGGAAGGACCACUUUGUACAGAAGCCAUAAAUCCAUGUCUUUCAAAUCCUUGUCAACAUAAUGGACAAUGCAUGCAACUUAAAAUAUUUAGUUUCAUAUGUGAUUGUGGAGAUUCAGGUUGGUUUGGUGAAUUUUGUCAUAUUACUAAAUAUCCUUGUCCAACUGACCGCUGUAUGAAUAAUGGACAAUGCAAAGCAGUCGGGCGAGAUAAUUUUACAUGUAAUUGUCUAAAAACUGGUUAUCAAGGAGCAUUUUGUGAGCAAGGUUGUUAUGAUACAGAUUAUGCAUGUAAAAAUGGAGGUUCAUGUAUAGAUAAUCAAUGUUGGUGUAAUUCAUUAACAAAAGGUGAUUUUUGUGAAAUAAUCGAAAAUAAAUAUUUAUCAAAUAGUCAAAUACAAAAAGAAACUAGUCCUUUAAAAAUAUGGUUAAUUAUUGGUUUAUGUAUUGUUAGUAUUAUAAUUAUUGUUGGUUUAAUAUAUAGUCGUAAAAAAUUAUUUAAAUCACGAGAACAUCGAAGAAAUUCAAUUGAUAAUGAAUUUAAUUAUAAAUCUAAUGAAAAACAAAAUCAUGAUAAUAUUGAAAGUGAUUCUGUUAGUAUAGCAUUAAGUCAAGCUUCACAAAAUACAAAAUUUAUUCAAGAAUAA